CCAACCAGCUACAGCGACCCCAACGACACCAGCCCUGUCGACGCUCUUCUUGCGAACCUCUCUAAGCAGCAGGCCAUCCUACAAAAGCAGUCUGCGGCCUUGGAUGCUUCCAGCGGAGAUGCGGUCUCGCGCACUUCCCAGGCUGCCAGCGCCUCAACCAGCAAAUCUGUACCGCUUACACCAGCGACAGAGGUGCUCGGCUUCAAUACUCAACCGCAUUCUGCAAGGGUCACUGUCAAAGAAGAGAACACCAACACCGAAGAGGUCUCCCGGCUCAAAAUGCAGCUUGCUCAAGCCCAAGAUCAAAUCAAUCGGCUUGAUCAGGAGUUGUCCUCGACACGGCCUGUGCCUCGGCUCUCCGACUCCGGCAUUGGUAACUCUCCUUUCGAGUCCGAGUCAUCGUUCACUUUCCCUUCAGAACACAAGCAGGCACAAGUGCCAGGUCUGACUCCACCAGAGCUACGUGGUCUUCACACGCAGAACCGUGACCCCACAGGGGCCUGGCUGGCAUACGAAGAUUCUCGGUCGGAGAGCGGCGAUACUCUUCACACGGCUGGUUCCAACCGCGCUCGACACAUCUGGAACACUCGUCAAGGCCCCCCUGCAUUUGGGCAGCUCUCCAUCCCUCCUAGUCAAAUCUGGAACAACAAUCGGCCUGGCAAUGUUGGCUUUGCAGAAGGCGGAAUGCCGUACUCUGCACCAUUGCAGAACAGCUUCCGGCCUGACCGCCUCGCCCAAAACAUUGACUUCUCCACACGGGCUGGAGGUGCCAGGCGUGGCCAGCGCCCAGACAUCAGCAUGUCUGCCCAGCACACCGGAGCACAGAAUGCUUUUGGGGGCGGCUAUCCGUAUAGUAGCGACGGUGGAGCCGAAUAUGGUGGCACUUCGGCGGGUUCGCUGAUGAGCAGUAUGGGCAUGUUCCCAGGCUACGGUACCGUGCCAAAUACGCUCUCACCUUUGGCGAGCGAGUUCACGACUGCGUCCGACGGCGAGUCCUGGAAAUCUGAUUCGUUCACGGCUGAAGGUCAGACUUACCUGCCGACAACGGAGCCUCUGAACUAUCGCCGUCUUCUGGAUCGCAACGUUAACUGCAACUGGAAGUACAUUGUUGACAAGAUUGUCUGCAACAAUGACCAGCAAGCGUCGAUCUUCUUGCAACAGAAGCUGAAAGUGGGCACCCCGGAGCAGAAGUAUGCCAUUGUCGAGGCCAUAGUCGCCCAAGCCUACCCACUCAUGGUCAAUCGCUUUGGAAACUUUUUGGUGCAGCGGUGCUUCGAACACGGAACUCCGGAACAGGUAAUCAAGAUUGCAGAGGCGAUUCGUGGUAACACAUUGAGUCUUUCCAUGGACCCUUUCGGCUGCCAUGUGGUGCAGAAAGCGUUCGACUCCGUGCCUGAGGAUUACAAAGCCAUCAUGGUUCAUGAGCUACUGCGAUGCAUUCCUGAGACUGUCAUUCACCGCUACGCAUGCCACGUCUGGCAGAAACUCUUUGAGCUCAGAUGGACCGAGUCUCCUCCGCAGAUCAUGAAGUUUGUCAACGAAGCGCUGCGUGGGAUGUGGCACGAGGUUGCUUUGGGCGAGACAGGCAGUCUUGUCGUGCAGAAUAUUUUUGAAAAUUGUCUUGAAGAGGACAAGCGUCCCUGUAUCGAGGAGGUUUUGGCCAACAUCGACAUCGUCGCUCACGGCCAGUUCGGCAACUGGUGCAUCCAGCAUGUCUGCGAGCACGGCGCCCCUGCUGAUCGUAGCAGAGCCGUAGACCACGUCAUUCGGUUCGCGGCAGAGUAUAGCAUGGACCAAUACGCCUCGAAGGUUGUUAAGAAAUGCCUGAAGAUUGGCGGUGUUGAGUUUCUGGCACGCUACCUCGACCGAGUGUGCGAGGGCCGGAUCGACCGGCCAAGAAUUCCUCUGAUUGAUAUUGCCAGCGACCAGUACGGCAACUAUUUGGUCCAGUGGAUCCUUACACACGCCGGUCCUCAACACAGAGAAGUCGUUGCCGCGCACAUUCGGAAGCACAUGGUCUCCCUGCGAGGAUCGAAAUUUGGAUCCAGGGUUGGCAUGCUGUGCACCAACCCUGCGAUCGCAACCCGACCUGGCCCUGGCGUCGGAACGACCUUGACGCGGAUGCCCCCU